AUGCAUCAAGGACGCUAUUCCUCAUCGGCAUUACUAUUGCUAUUUGCUUCCAUUAUGGUUGGAUUUAUUGCCCCUCCUGUCGUUGCUGUCAAAGUUCACCUAUCCAAAUCGAAGGAGGAAGCCCUGGCCUACUGUGACGGCAUUAAAUUCAAGAUGUCAAACGGGGAACACUCUCAAGAAGUCAUGCACACCUAUCAAGCAGUGUAUCCUGACCAACAAGGCAACGAUGUUUUCUACCAUUGUGGCGAUAGAAAAGAGUACCCAACCGAUGUUAAUAGGUCCAAGAAAGAUUGUAAAAGCGCCGCGACGAAAACUAAGGAAACGCCAGACAAACACGUACAUUAUGAGUGCCUUUCGGAUGGUGGAUGGGCCCUUGUAGACUGCAGCCCACACAACGGCCGUAUAACUUGUGAAUAUCCAGAGCGCGAUGAAUAUCUACAGAACCAUCCAGAAAAGCUUGUGGAAUAUUUAAAGAAGGAUGAUCCAGAGCUUGUGGAAUAUAUAAAGAAGGCUCAUCCAGAGCUUUUUCGUAAUUUGGAAAAGGGGACACUCAACCCUAACGACGUUUAUGAGAUUCUUGAUGCGUCUCAGGAGUUCGAUAAGAAGCAAUUGCAUAGUAAGGCGCAACCAGCCUCAGGGCUCGUUGAAUCGUAUUACAUGGAUGCCAAACUGGCAGGGGCGGAUUUGGUUGACGUCUUUGCAAAAAGCGAUUAUGGCACCCAAACCAAUUAA